UUGAUCAAAUUGCGCCAAAUCUUAAACAACUGGACAUACAGUACUUGGCGUACUCUAAAAACAGCAAUUCACACACAGAUUUAGGGCUUAACCCAAAUGUCAUCGAUGUCUUCUGCCAAGUGAAAAAUUUAAGGCAUAUCUGCAUAAGGGAAGCCUUUAUAGAAUUUUCAGGAUUCGUGAGAAUAUGCAGGGAGUGCAAAAAUUUGCAGGAAAUCGAGGCCAAUAGAAUUACGGUUGACGUCAAUCCAGCAUCUAUGACGAUGAUCCUGGAAACCUUCGACUCUGCGUUCAACCACCAGGAGUACACUGAUUGGGAUUUUCCAUACACAUUUGGCAUAAUUUUCAAGAAAACAGAUGCUGUUGAACUCUACCGGAAAGCGAAUCAAGUUUGGCCUAAUCUUGGCCCGUACAUCCUUGACUCAAUUCCAGAGUUAACGCACCGAGAGGUGAUCGAGCACGAUCCAUUUGUAGAGAACAAGGAGAAGUCACCUCUUCAAGAUAAAAACGCAGACUGCGACGAUGAGGAACAGUCAUCUGCGCAAGAUGCAGACAGCGAGGAGGAGCAGUCGUCUCUGUCAGAUUCAGAAAACGAGGAGAAGCAGCUAUAUCUCUGGAAGAAAUUGACGGAACAGGACCGCUUGAUUUUCCCGCCCUUUCUUUAGUUUUGGGCACCUAUCCUCUCUCUUAAAACACAGGAGGGAGCUCAUUAACCAUAAUUUAAAGGCGCUGCAAGACGCAGACUGCGAUUAUAAGGAGCAGUUCUCUCUGAAAAAUAGAGACAACGAGGGUAAGCAGGCUUCACUGCUGGAUGCAGAAAACGCGGAGAAGCAGUCGGCUCUGCAAGAUACAGACAACGAGGACUAACUUUAAAGAAUUCCAUAUGUAGCCGCAUUCGCAUGGUAUGAUCCUAUUAUCGAAGAU